GAGCUGCCGCCUUGAACCACUGUACUCCCUGUAGUCCAUUUGCUAACAUAACGUUGUUAUGGAGGGAAUUCCUGCUCUUAUACCCAGUGACAACGGUGUAUUUCACAGAGGUAUUUCAGAGAACGGUUGGGGAGCUGGUUACCAAGAGAUUAUUAAAGAAAACAAACUAUAUGAAGAAUAUUACCAAAGACAAAAAAUUGUUCCGGAGGGGGAAUGGGAUCAGUUUAUGGCAAUCAUGAGAGAAGCAUUGCCAGCUACUAUUCGGAUAACUGGGUAUAAAAGCCACGCAGAAGAGAUUUUGCAUUGUCUAAAAACAAAGUAUUUCCAAGAAUUGCAGGACUUGGAGGUGGAUGGGCAGAAGAUUGAGGCCCCACAACCUUUGAGCUGGUACCCAGGUGAAUUAGCUUGGCAUAUUAACAUUAGCAGGAAGAUGCUGAGAAAGUCACCAGUCUUGCAGAAGUUCCAUCAGUUUCUUGUUAGUGAAACAGAAUCU